AUGUCGGAUCCCCAAGCUUGUUCGCCUCGAGCUGGAAACACCGACCCCUGGCCAUACUCUCCAGUGUCCGACUCGAAUCGGCCUUCUCCCACUGAACCGAACCGACCUCUUAACCCCAGUUGUGUAGAUUACAACGUUUGUCGUGAACCUGUCGAAAUGUUAAACGAACCCAAGUGGGAAGCACAAGCCGCCACUACUGACGACGACCGUUUGGCAGUACGAAUCAUCAAUGAACAAACCCCUAUACCACUCGUCUUUCCAUCUUCUUCUCAUUUCAUCCGAUCUUCUUUGACUUCCGACAUGUCGCUCUUAUCGGGUCCGAUAGCUCAACCAUACCUUUCCUCCCUCCCAUCCGCCUCUUACACCCCGGGACACGAUAUGACGUCUGCACUCGGGUUGAUGGUACCGGCGCCGACACAACAACCUCGUCAGGCUUCAAACACGCUUUGGUCUCAAUCUGACUCUUUUCCUUAUUUAACUCUCACUUCCAAUGAUCCCAUCGUUCUUCACAACUUGGAUCCUUACGUUUUCGAUACCUCCCAUCACGGAUCACACGAGAUGAAACCCACACUUCAACCCGGUCUCUUUGAUCGUAUGUUAGAGUCACAAAGACAAGCCAAGAAAUCUUCACAGAGUUCCUCCACCCAAUCUCCACCAAACAACCCAGAACCGACGAUCAAUUAUCCAUCGAUGGUGCACGGAGGUGGAGGAUUUGGUAUGCCAAUCAACACGAGUCCCCCUGUCAGCCAACCCCCCGCGCGAUCACCCUUGAGAGUCAAUCUUCCUGAUGGAUUUGAUAGCACGCAGAGGGGAUCGGGUUCAGGAAGUGGGAAAGGGAAAGAAAUGAAGCAACGAACGAGGAUUCCGGAAGCUUGUGUGGGAUGUAGGAAAAGGAAAUGCAAGUGUCAAGGAGGCAAUCCCUGUACCCGAUGUCAACUCAAGAACAUUCCAUGUGUUUUCGAUCGACGUGCAGGUUCCACCUUACAUUCAAGUUCCAUCUCACCCAGUUCUUCCAAUAAACAAUAUCGAGAUGUUCAUAGUCCUUCUUCUCCCUUAGGUCAAUCUUAUUCCGGUCCAUCCAUGUUUGAUUCCUGGAUCUCUUCGGAUCCUUCGGCUUCCAACGUCGAUUCUCCAACAGGUUCGAAUUCCGGUUCUGAAGUUUCUGGUGAAGUGAAUCAAAAUCGAAAUGAAGACCCUCUAAUAUCAUUCGGUAAUCAUAUUCCCAAUCCUAUGACAUAUUGGAAUCAACCCAGUAGUUCUACCUCAAACACAAAUGCAAACACUACCAACACCAACCCUAAUCUAAAUCCUAAUCCUCAAUUAUUCUCUUUCGAAUCUUUUUCUCAAUAUUUUGGACCUGGAGGACCUGGAUACACAGGACAAUCGACAGGAAUGGGAAUGGGGAUCGGUUCAUCUUCAACUACCAACACUAAUCCCAAUACAUCUUUAUCACCAUCAAAUACAAAUACUUCUUCAUUCCCUUCACCAAAUAUGACACCAUGGGGUGCUAUACCAUAUCAAUCUUUUCCACAAUAUAUGAAUCCAUCUCAAUUACCUUUAACUCCAUAUACACCUUUUUCAAAUUUUAAUCCUUCUCCAUUACCAUCAACUUCAACAUUUCCUCAACAUCCAGCUUUCGCUUCCACAUCAACUUGUCAACCUCCAAAUUUCGCAUCAUCUUCAUCUUCUCUUUCCAAUCAACCAUCUCCUCAGAGUUUCUUACAACACCAAAUGUAUCAAUCAAUCCCUAAUCCAUACACAUCAACAUCUUUCAAUCAACCACAAGCAGAAUCAAGUAAUACGGACGUGUCACAGAUGUACGGAGGAAAUUGGGUUUCUCCAAAUAGACAAGAGGAUAAAAAAGAAACAAAACCUUUAUAUCAGGAUUGGAAAGAUUAUGCUGUACCAGUUUCCAAACGACCUUGGUCAUGA